UAUUCUGUCACUGUUUGCUAUACCACACAGUCUGCCAGUUUUUUUGAACAUGGAGAAGAUCACAGACUACCUUUGCAAAUACAAAGACUACAUUUUUGCUGUUGGAGUCACAACAGCAGAGUACAUAGACUCGCUGCAAAACUUUGAGAUCCGGGACACUGAUGUGUUCCUUGUCACCUAUCCCAAGUCAGGAACAGUGUGGACACAACAAAUUGUGGCGCUGAUCUGCGAGUCCGACUUCAGGGACUCUGCCCUCUACCCCAACAACUUGGAGAGAAUGCCAUGGCUGGAAUACCUCGAGGGCCGUCCGGACUACUCACUGCGGCCCUCCCCGCGACUCUUUGCCUCUCACCUCACCCCAGCCCUGAUGCCCCCUGGAUUGAGGGACAAGAAGGCAAAGAUCAUUUAUGUCAUGAGGAACCCAAAGGACAAUGUGGUGUCAUAUUAUCAUUUCUGCAAUGCAUGGAAGUAUUUGGAGACCCCAAACAGCUUUGAUGAAUUUCUGCAGCAGUACCUUGUAGGGCAAGUUGGGGCUGCAUCCUGGUUCGACCACGUGCGUGUCUGGUACUCUCAGCGAAAGCAGUACGAUAUAUUGUUUCUGACAUAUGAAGACAUGAUCAUGGACCUUCGGUCCGCUGUGCAGCAGAUUUCCCACUUCCUGGGGCGAGACCUUGACGAGGCAGACAUUAACAGAGUAGUGGAAAAAGCCACCUUCAAGAACAUGAAGACAGAUCCAAAAGCUAACUAUGAGUUCUUGCCUGAGGAGCUCCUUAACAGAGAUAAAAGUCUCUUCCUGCGUAAAGGAACCAUUGGUGACUGGAAAAACACGUUCACAGUGAAACAGACUGAGAUGUUCGACCGCAUUUACCGAGAGAGAAUGGGGGACCUGCCACUGAAGUUCAUAUGGGAAAUGAAUGGACAGCCACAGUGACAUCUUAUUAUGAAGGUGUACGAAGACUACAACUGUAAUUGAAUUUGCCCCCUCUCUCUUGCAAGCUGCUCUCUCUCUCUCUGUCUGAAUGUCUCUCUCGCUCCUAUACACACACACAUACACACAUGCACAGAGACACACAAAGAAACACACGCACACACACACACACACACAACCCACCAUCCCCUUAAGUGACAUUCACAGCAUAUUCACCACCUGUUGGAACCAAGCUGAGAUUUGAAUUAAACCAACUCAAGUGCCUUUGUGCCCAUUUCCACUUCAUUAAGUAACAGGAAAAUAAAUAGUAUGCUCAAUCCUA